AUGUUGACUUCCAGAAAACACACAACGAGAGCCUGUGACGGCUGUCGAACUUUACGCAAGAGGUGUGAAUACGAAAGCCUUCAAGACUUUUGCAAGAGGUGCAUAAAGAGAAAAAAAUUUUAUACCUUUCUUUCAGACACCAAAAAGCGUGGCCGCAAAAAGAUACCCUUUUAUGAAAAACCCAGCGGCGACCCUAUAAUUGACGCUUACAUGCAAAUUGAACUUGUACCGAGAUUUAAUAAACACCUUCCGAUAUUUGAACACAUUUCAAACUUUAAACAUCU